AUGUGGGGUAAUCUGCCUCUACAUACAACUUCAUUACUUCAUAUUCACUUAAAUGAAUAAAUCCCAGCUAACCUCAGCCCUUACCAGAGAUCAUAGCUGGGGUACAUCCUGAUCCUGAGCAGCAAUGCAUAACCAAAGCUUUCUCUUCCCCACCAAAGUUUUAUGAAUCGUUUCCUGCCAUUAUGAAGCAUCUGCCUGGACGACACAACGUCCUUUUUAGAAACUAUGAAUUCGUUUCUAAAUUCAUAAGAAAGAACCUGGACAAACACAAAGCAGACCUGGACUCCUCCAACCCUCAGUGCUACAUGGACAGCUUCCUAAUUGAGAAAGAGAACUCUCAUGGUCCAGUUGAAGGUUUUACUGAAGACAAUCUGGUUUGUUGCACACUAGACCUGUUUACUGCAGGGACUGAAACCACUUCCACGACACUGCGCUGGGCCCUUCUCUACCUUAUCAAACAUCCGGAGAUACAGGAUAAGGUGCAGGAAGAGAUAGAUAGAGUGACUGGACAGACACGCCAGCCCUGCAUGGCCGCCAGACCAAACUUGCCCUACACUGAAGCUGUCCUCCAUGAGGUCCAGAGGAGAGGAGACAUUGUGCCCCUGAAUAGAGCAAGAAUGGCCGGGAAGGACACAACACUUGCAGGAUACUUCAUUCCAAAAGGAACUAUGCUGAUGCCGAUACUUCACUCUGUUUUGUUUGAUGAAACUGAGUGGGAGACACCCAAUAGCUUCAAUCCUGAGCACUUCCUCGAUAAAGAGGGUAAGUUUGUGAGGAGAGAUGCAUUCCUGCCAUUCUCCGCAGGGAAGAGAGUGUGUCUUGGGGAACAGCUCGCGAAGAUGGAGCUCUUCUUGUUCUUCGUCGGCCUUUUCCAGAAGUUCCGCUUCUCCGCAGUGGAAGGGGCGCAGCUCAGCACGGAGAGAGUUGUAGGAGUCACGCUCACUCCUCAGCCUUUUAAAAUCUAUGUAAAGGCACGAUGA